AAAUUGGUUCAAAUUUUAUAUUUCUGCUAGAAAUUCUCGUUCUUCUUAAAGAAUAUUCCUUUCAAUUUUACUUUGCUGCUUUCUUAGUGUACAAUUUUGCAGAGUUCUUUUUAUUUUUAUUUUGUGUGUGCGUAUAACAUACAAAUUUCUGUAAGUAUUUUCCCCCUGAAUUAUGAUUCCAGUAUACAAGAAUUGUUUAAUAUGUUCAUAUCUGUGCUUUUUUUUUCUGCAUCAAAGAUAAAUUUGCAAUUAGGACAUGUUUGGUUUUACUGAUGAAAAAUGUUUUAAAUUAAUUAAAGAUAGACCCAGUUUUUUGUGUGUGGUUGUGGCAGCUAAAGAAUGUGACAUGGGUUCAAAAGUUGCCUUUUGAUCCUCUUAGAAGAGAGCAUGUUUAAUUUAACUUAAAGAUUAUUUUGUGUGUAUGUUUUGUUAGUUGUGGUUCAUUUAUUGUUUUUUUUCCUGCCCUUAAUUUGGGGAGUUUCUGCUGGUGGUUUUUGUGAAUUGUGUAGGAAGGAUUAACUAAUUCGAGCGAUGGCGACCGGGAUAAUUCAAGCUCCAAUUUGUCAUGUUAAGAACAAGGAUUUUGAGUUGGGUUUUUCCAAAAAUGUGGAUUUUGUGAAGAUUUCAAAUAUUAGAAGUGUGAAGUUUCAAAGAACUAAAAGUUCUGUCAUUAAGAGUUCAAAUCCAGGAUCUGAUAUUGCUGAGCUUCAGCCUGCAUCAGAAGGAAGUAGUCUCCUAGUACCUCGGCAAAAGUACUGUGAAUUGCCAUACAAAACUGUGAGGAGGAAGACAUGCACAGUGAUGGUGGGUGAUGUAGCUAUCGGGAGUGACCACCCAAUCAGGAUACAAACAAUGACAACAACAGACACAAAAGAUGUUGCUGGAACAGUUGAACAGGUCAUGAAAAUUGCAGAUAGUGGAGCGGAUAUUGUUCGGAUAACAGUGCAGGGAAAGAAAGAGGCAGAUGCCUGUUUUGAAAUUAAGAACACACUUGUCCAAAAAAACUACAAUAUUCCUCUAGUGGCAGAUAUUCAUUUUGCUCCUUCUGUUGCAAUGCGUGUUGCUGAAUGCUUUGAAAAAAUUCGUGUUAAUCCUGGAAAUUUUGCUGAUCGAAGGGCCCAGUUUGAGACGCUAGAGUACACAGAAGAGGAUUAUCAGAAGGAAAUUGAGCACAUAGAGCAGGUAUUUGCUCCAUUGGUUGAGAAAUGUAAAAAGUACGGUAGGGCAAUGCGUAUUGGGACGAAUCAUGGAAGCCUUUCUGAUCGUAUAAUGAGCUAUUAUGGGGAUUCUCCACGUGGAAUGGUCGAAUCUGCAUUUGAGUUUGCAAGAAUUUGCCGGAAAUUAGACUACCAUAAUUUUGUGUUUUCCAUGAAAGCAAGCAAUCCAGUUGUCAUGGUUGAAGCGUAUCGGUUAUUGGUUGCAGAAAUGUAUUUGCAAGGAUGGGAUUACCCAUUGCACUUGGGAGUUACAGAAGCUGGUGAAGGUGAAGAUGGACGGAUGAAAUCCGCAAUUGGGAUUGGGACCCUUCUUCAGGAUGGCUUGGGAGACACAAUCAGGGUCUCCCUAACGGAACCACCAGAAGAGGAGAUAGACCCCUGCAGAAGGCUGGCCAACCUUGGAACGAGAGCGGCUGAAAUUCAGCAAGGAGUGGCACCAUUUGAAGAAAAACACAGGCAUUAUUUUGAGUUUCAACGCAGAAGUGGUCAACUGCCAAUUCAAAAAGAGGGCGAAGAAGUGGACUAUAGAGGUGUCUUACACCGUGAUGGUUCUGUUCUCAUGACUGUUACCUUGGAUCAAUUAAAGACACCUGAACUCCUGUACAAGUCACUAGCUGCAAAACUUAUUGUAGGCAUGCCUUUCAAGGAUCUGGCCACUGUGGAUUCCAUUUUGCUGAGGCAGCUUCCACCGCAAGAUGAUGUUGAUGCACGGCUAGCUCUCAAGAGAUUGAUCGAUAUAAGUAUGGGAGUAAUAACCCCUUUGUCUGAACAACUAACAAAGCCCUUGCCUAAUGCGAUUGUUCUUGUGAACCUCAAGGAGUUGUCAACUGGUGCACACAAGCUUUUACCUGAAGGAACACGCUUUGCUGUGUCUCUGCGUGGUGAUGAACAGUAUGAGGAACUGGACAUUCUCAAAGAGAUAGAUGCUACAAUGAUUCUGCAUGAACUGCCUUUCACUGAAGAGAAUGUCAGCAGAGUCCAUGCAGCACGAAGGCUUUUUGAGUACCUAUCAGAUAAUUCUUUGAACUUCCCGGUAAUACAUCAUAUCCAGUUCCCCUCUGGGACACACAGGGAUGACUUAGUUAUUCGUGCUGGUACCUAUGCUGGAUGCCUUCUUGUGGAUGGGCUAGGAGAUGGUGUACUUCUAGAAGCUCGUGAUCAAGAUUUCGAAUUUCUUAGAAACACAUCGUUUAACUUGCUUCAAGGUUGCAGAAUGAGGAAUACCAAAACGGAAUAUGUGUCAUGCCCUUCGUGUGGGAGGACACUUUUCGACCUCCAAGAAAUAAGCGCUCAAAUUAGGGAGAAGACAUCCCACUUACCUGGUGUUUCUAUCGCAAUCAUGGGUUGCAUUGUAAAUGGUCCUGGGGAGAUGGCCGAUGCAGACUUUGGAUAUGUUGGUGGUUCUCCUGGGAAAAUUGAUCUUUAUGUCGGCAAGCCGGCCAUCUACUGGACCAUAAAGCUGCUGAUAAUAUCAUGUGAAAGAAAACAUUAUUUCCAAGAGAGGCAGAGAAAGAGAUGGAAGGGACAAUAUGUAGGCUGACAACACUGCCAGGGAAUGUAAAGAAGGGGUUCAAUUAAAGGAGAACAGAAAUGAAGUUUGGAAAUGGAUAGAUAUCUAGGCUAAGGCUAUGAUCCACUCCUUAUACUCAGCAAUCCUUGGAUUCUACGCCCAAAUCAGGACCAUGAUGGGCAUCGUGCUCGUCAUUGCAUAUUCUUUUCAUUACACUUAGGGUUCUUUUGUAUGAUAUAAUUUUAAACGUAGAGUCAUCAUCGAAAGAAAAUGCAAUGUAAAAAAUGAAAUUAGGAAAUUCUAUGCUAUAAGGAACAUGCAACUCCGAUGUAAAGAACAUGCAACUCCAUCAUACUCUUGUAGUCCUGUGUGUUGGGAUCUAAGUUGCAAUUAUGAAUCUGGCUUUAUGUCCACUUCAUGUUAACAUUUGCUGCAAGUUGUUCUUCCUUCAUGUUUAAUGCACAGAUGUCUCUAUA